CCACCCCUUCACUUUCCUCCUUCACCACCGCACUCCUUCCGACGCUGUUCAGAUUCCACCCGGAGCCCUCUCAUCCCCUGACAGCUGCUUAGAACUUCUAAGUUUACAGUCUCGUUGUCCCUCCUAUUCAAAACUUGGUUCAUUCCUUGCGGAAAUUUUGUGGUCAUGGAGACUCUACUAGACUCCAACAAUCUGAUCCAUUGGAUGCAGAGCAUUUUUGAUGUGGUUGAUGACAAAGGCAAGCACCAAACCCCAAAUGAAUCGCAAUCUAAUGAUGUCAACGUACAGAUAGACUCAAAGAGAAAAGAAUCAGUCGGCAGCGCCAGUAGCAUUGCAUUGCGAUCUUGUCUGAGUUCCUCCAAAAGCCCAUCGCCAAAAUGCAAAAAGAGCGUCAAGUUCGCAUCAGGCGAUGCACCCUGGUCGGAUGCAGACCUUGCACGGAGGCUGGACAACUGCAAUUCUCAACACGACUUCAACCGAGUCGUUACUUUCAAUAAGGAGACUUCGCCCAAACGACCCAGUUCGCCGAUUAUGGUCAGAAGUUCCUUGUCUCCCGAACCAGGCGCUUCCAACCAUGAAACAAGUCAACAAAGUUCUGAUGCUCAAAACCUUGCCAUGAAACAUGCACUCAUGGCCAGAUCGAUUGCUGGAAACAUGAACGAGAAGCCCACUCACAACAAACCUAGGAGGCACUCUCCUGAAAGAAGUUCUAGACUUCUUCAGGGUGGCGUCAUGAUUCUAUGAUAUAGGAAGUCUUGUUGAUUUUCGGCUCGUGUUCGUUGUGAAUAAACAAUGUUGUCGGGGAA